AUGCCGCCGAAGACCUGGACAGACACCAGGGGAAGUGAGAAGAUGGGGCCAGUCACCUACUUCAGCCUCUGCCUCCUCGGCUGCCUGAUCUUUAACCCCUCGCUGGCAGGGGCACAAGAUGUGUCCUGUCCCAGGGGCUGGCUACCCUUCCAAGGCUACUGCUAUGGAUACUUCUUCCAAGAGAAAACCUGGCUGGAGGCUGAGGUUCAUUGCCAGCACCAGGGGCCCGGGGCCCAUCUCGUCUCCAUUCACAGUACUGGAGAAAAUAAAAUGCUGGCCCAUUACAUCAAGCUGUACCACAGAAAGAACAGUCCGGUCUGGAUCGGACUCUCAGACCCUCGUGGGGAUCAAAGCUGGAGCUGGGUUGAUAAAUCCCUGGUCAACUUCAGAGCUUGGGAUAAAGGGCAACCUGAUAGUCAGGGAGCAAAUGAGCACUGCACAGUGUUCGAAAACAGUCCAGAUUUUCAGAAAUGGCACGAUUAUCCCUGUGAAGACAGACACCCCUUCAUUUGUAAGCGCAAACCCUAGGGGAGGCAGCUCGCCUGCACCUGGGGGCUCCCAGUACCUGGGCUGUGAGUGAAUCGUGUCCCUCCAGCUCCCCGGGGAGACCAGAUCCUGUGUCCCCGGCUGCAAAGUCCCUUCUGCAAAGCAUCGCUGAGUUACGCUGUGUCACUCCCGCUCUGCUCUGCCCCCUUCUCUCCCUGUGGCACCCACGCUCUGCUCUUCUCAGCCAUCUCAGCACAGUGCAGUGAUAAUAAAC